UGUGCAGAAUCCCUUCGGAAGAGCCACUCGGAGGUGGGGCUCCAGCUGGGGUCCCCCACGACCUUCCAGGACUCCCACAAGAGCCAGACCUGCCAGGACCUGACCUCCUGCUCCACGGAGCCUCCGCCAGACCCCGCUGCCUUGGGGCGCUCCUCGACCGACAGCACUCAGUGCCAAGCCGCAGCAACGUCGGAGGCGGUUCCCAUCAGCGCGGACAACGGGCUGACCUUCCCGGACGGCUUCCGUCCGCUGCGCUGCACCCAACCGGGGCCCGGCCUGCCCUUGGAGCUCUCGCCCAUCGUCAAGAACCCCUUCAUGUCGCCCUUGUUGGCCCCGGACGAGAUGCUCAUGGGGCUGCCCCCUGUCCACAUUGUGGCCUGCGCACUGGACCCGAUGCUGGACGACUCGGUGAUGUUUGCGCGGCGCUUGCGUGGGCUGGGCCGCCCGGUCUCCUUGCGCGUGGUGCAGGACCUUCCGCACGGCUUCCUCAGCCUCUCCCAGUUGUGCCGCGAGACCCGCCAGGCCACCGCCCUCUGCACCGAGAUCAUCCGCAGCAUCCUCGUCCCUCCGGACCCUUCCUCUUCCACUUCCUCUUCCUCUACCUCCUCGCACCGCAAGCACCGCAAACUGGAGCGGACCGCCGGACCCGCGGCCGACCCCCCGAGGCGCCCCAGCAACACCGCAUCUGGAUCCGCAUCCAAGCCGGGACCCCUCCGCCGCGGGAGCGCUUCCUCGGGGGGGCCCGCCACUAAGGACAUUGCCCCCAACGCUAGCCAGGAUUCGAGCCCCUCGGAAAACACCGUGGGGCGAGGAGUCGGGGCUUGAGGACCCCCCAUUCCUUUGCAAAUGCAUCCCUUGGUUUGAGAGUCUUGAGUGUCGUUGCUUUUCCUUUUUUGCGGUGGAAAAACAAAACACUGUUGAUGCUCCCCCGUGUCUUUGGGGCUGAGCACACAAUGCCAGCCUCUUCCUCAACGCAAAAUAUAAUAAUCCCAAUUUUUGGGGGCUGAGCACACAAUGCCAGCCCCUUCCUCAAUGCAAAAUAUAAUAAUCCCAAUUUUUUUGUGGCUGAGCACACAAUGCCAGCCCUUUCCUCAAUGCAAAAUAUAAUAAUCCCAAUUUUGGGGAGCUGAGCACACAAUGCCAGCCCCUUCCUCAAUGCAAAAUAUAAUAAUCCCAAUUUUGGGGGGCUGAGCACACAAUGCCAGCCUCUUUCUCAAUGCAAAAUAUAAUAAUCCCAAUUUUGGGGGGCUGAACACACAAUGCCAGCCCUUU